AUGAAGCGCCCUGCGGCGAUCAUCACCGACCAUGGCGGCCGCACGUCCCACGCUGCCAUUGUCAGUUACGAGAUUGGCGUCCCUGUCAUCGUGGGCACCUAUAAUGCCACCUAUGUGCUGUACUCGGUGGGCGAAGUAGAGGAGGUGUUGCGGGUGUCGGCAGAUAAUGGACUGCAGGUUCAUUUGAAAUUUGAGACUCCGUCAAACGUUGUCCUGGCGGAGCAGUUCCUGACGCACUUUGAUGCGUUCUCGAUCGAGCUGUUCAAUGAGCAGGACAAGGCGGUUAUGACCCUCAUCGCGCAGGUUCUUCGGAUCGCGCGUAGGGUUGGCUGCAAGGUGGGCAUUUGUGGAAAGGCACCGAGUGAUAAUUCUAAGUUGUCGGUGAUAUCGGGUAGAUUCGUGGUGGUGAAGAGGCAGGUGGUGGCGAGAGAGCAGAGUCAAAAUUGGAAGAAGGCUGAUGGAUCUGGCGACAACAAGUGGAUUCAAUAG